AUGGUCAGAAAAACGUUUGAUGAGUAAGUCUUUCAUUUUUCAAUAAAAAUCAAAUAAAGAUUUUUGAAGGAUCCCAGAGCCCAUUGUUUUUCCAAGUGAGGAAACAAUCAACAGACGCAUAAAGUUAAAACUUAUCGAUUUUGACUCAGAAAUUGCCAAGUUGAAUAUGCAGGUUUGUUUCGUUUUUUAGAAUUGAAAAAAUGAAGAUUUUCAGAGUCUGGAAAGUACUCGCCACAUGCUUCAAGACUUGGAUCAAAUGAACAAUGAAGGAUUCCGAACAUUGGCAGCGCUUGAAGACCAAGACGGUAACUAUAUUUUUUGUUUUGAAAAAGAAUAUAUUUUCAGCAAAUGUUUUCAGAACAACUUGACAAAAUUGAAGAACAUCUAACAACAGUCAACAAAGAUCUUAAUGUUGUUUCGGAUAAUGUGAAUGACAUGGAACAUUACUGCGGUUGCAGUUUUUUCAAAUUAUUAUGGUUGGUUUAUUUUCCCGAGUUUUUUUUGUGAUAAUCUUUACCACAUUAUAUUUCCAGCGCUCCAAUCAAAUGUCUCCGUAAAAAAAGAGAGCGAGAUCAGAUUAAAGAAGAAGUAUUGGAGUGAGUUUUCCUCUAAAAUCUUCGAAUUAUAAAAUAUUUUUCAGACAUAUGGCCAAUUCAAUGUCAAAUUCAUCUGGAGAAAAAGAGGCGGUCGUAACUUUUCGAAGUUCAAAUAAACGAAGAGAAUCUUCAGCAAAUGGAGAAUUCAUGAAAAGGUUGGUGAGAUCGGAAUCGUAUCGGGAAGUUUCUAUAGAUUGAGAAAAUAGGGAUGCAGAAGCGAUUUUUUAAGAAAAAUUUCAUUUUUCAAAUGAACUUUCUCCGAUCAAAAUGUCAAAUAUGUUUUUUUUGUGUUUUAUUAUCGUCUCUUUAUCAAAGCAUAUUUCCAGGGAUUAUAAUUUUUCCGAGUUGUUUGUAUCAUAGAACGAUCAUUCAACAUAUAAAAAACCAGAUGUUGAUUUUUUUCAGGUUAACUAAUGAUACAAUUGAAGAGGAAAUUGAGAGAAACAUGAUGCAACUCGAUCAAGGACUUGAAUCAAUAAAACAUCUUGCUGUUGAUAUGCAUGUUCAACUCAAAAUUCAGGAACCAAAACUUGAUCGAAUUGAAGAAUUGGUAUGUGUUUUUGUUGGGUUCAUUUAUCUAUGAACUUUGAAACAGCUUAACAAUUAUCAUCAUUUUGUUCAAAAUUCAUUCUUUACAGACCGAAACAAAUGAUAUUGUUGUGGAAGGUGUCAAUGAUAAAGUUCGCAAGUUACUUCACUAA